AUGAUGGACAACUCCGCCUGGGUGGUGCCCCCGCUGACGAUCCAGUUGGUGGCCGACCUCGCGUACACGGCCUCGGCGUCCAGCUGCCAGCACUCGAUGACCGAGUACCCGCCGCGGGAGGCCAGGGCGGUGAUGUUCAGCGGUGUGGUGGUGGUGACCAUUGGUGCGCGCGACAUGAUGCUGGUGAGGACUGAUUUGAAGAGCAUCGUGGCUCAGCUCUCUAAACUAUGA